ACAAUGAAGUUAGAAUGAACAGGAGUAUGCAGCUUUUCAAUGCCUGGAAUAACUAUAGUUUAAAGAUCACUGUAAAAAACAGGAUGUAAAGUCAGGAUAUUGUGCUUCAAACUGCCUGAUAGUCACAAACUUUAAUUUAUUUAUGUGUCUGGCAGUCCUUGGCGUUUGGCUUUGCAGAAUUUCAAAAAGAAUUCACGAUCUCUUGGGGAAGGCCUUCCCUAAGUCCCACUUCAUGGCAUGACCUCUGCUGGGUUAUUAAUUUCAGCCAGCAAAGUAGCAAAGGGGACAUGACGUCUGAGACCCUCCUUCUCUCAUCAGUGGCACUGACUGAGCUGGGGGCUUGAAGCUGGGGGUAAUCCUUGCUGUCUCAUGUUCUUUUUAGAGAAUGGCAAUGGUCUCUGCGAUGUCCUGGGUCCUGUAUUUGUGGAUAAGUGCUUGUGCAGUGCUCCUAUGCCAUGGAUCUCUUCAGCACACUUUCCAGCAGCACCACCUGCACAGACCAGAAGGAGGGACAUGUGAAGUGAUUGCCGCGCACAGAUGUUGUAAUAAGAAUCGCAUCGAGGAGCGGUCGCAAACAGUCAAGUGUUCCUGUCUACCUGGAAAAGUGGCUGGCACGACAAGAAACAGACCUUCCUGUGUUGAUGCUUCCAUAGUGAUUGGGAAAUGGUGGUGUGAGAUGGAGCCUUGUCUAGAGGGAGAAGAAUGUAAGACGCUACCUGAUAAUUCCGGAUGGAUGUGCGCUACAGGCAAUAAAAUUAAGACUACAAGAAUUCACCCAAGAACCUAACGGAAGCAUUUGUUAUAGUAGCAAAGGAAAAUCACCUCUGCGGAAAAUAAAUUUUAAGAAUUUAAAACAUCUUACACAUUACAAGCCAAAUGGAUUUCUUAUUUGCACUUUGACUGGUUACCAGAUAAUCACAGUGCUUUUACUGUGUGUCACAAAGUAUCCUAUAGUGAGAAGACCCCGCGCUUUUGGCAGCACCAUGGAAAGUGGGUUUAAAAAAAACAAAAACAAAAACGGUUUUCUCAAAGAAAAUUUUUGGGAUUACGAAGAACGAUCAACUAUCUUCUAAUUUGGAUCUAUAGUUACUUUGUACCAUUUUAAAUAUAUGUAUAUACAUAAUAUUUUGAAAUAUUAUAUAUUCUCUUCAAGAAAUGAACAAUGCCACAGGUUGAGACGGCUGGUGUACCUCUUUGAGUUUGGAUGUUUUGUUUUGUUUUGUCGCAGUUUCUUUUUUUACUGGCAAGGAAGAAGACAUGUGCCCCUUUUGAAAUUUCAACAUGGCACUCACACUGGAAGGCCAGCUACAGGUGGACUCCUGGAAUCUGAGGCAUCAUAACCAUACUGAAUUGAGAGCUUCCUUCCGUUUCUACCAGAUGACCCAAGGAAGCACAUCGUCCUGUUUUAUUGCUUUCUACCCGUGCAAUAUUAGCAUGCAAGCCUGGCUUACAUAACCAUACUUUAUAUUCAAUUGAUAUAUAAUAACCAUUCUAACCUCUUCCAGGAAAGUAUUUUUAGAACUACUAGCUUUUCCACAGAUAAGACAAUGAGGAUUCUUGAGGGAGCUACUCCACCAUGCUAUUAAGACUCUGGCAAAAUUAUGGUAGAAUAUGGAUCCCUGUGUUAAUAAGUUCUGUAAAUACAAUGUCUUAAGGCUUGGUAUAGCUGUCCUAGACUGAAGAAAUAUCCUCCGAUUAAAUCCAAAGCCUGGCAUCAUUAAGUACAUAGUGCUGUAGCCACAAGUCUUAUCAUGGCACCUCUUUCUAUGUUUGAUUUGCUUUUUCCAAGAGUAUUCAGAUCUCUUCUGAAUCUGAAGAUUCAGGAAGGCCAUUAAAGCAAUUAGGUUUCAGAAUGAUCUAUGUGACCAAAUGCUGGACAGCCCUAUUAAAGUGGUAAAUAACUUCUUUCUAAACCUACUUGUCCUCUUUAUUUGCCAUGUAUUUGUCCUGAGUCAGCUUUAGCCAAAUCCAGAGAACACCCUGCUUAGAGACUUGUAGUCAGCCAGAAUUUUUUUCCAUGAGGUCUUUGCUGCCAGUAUUUCUAAUCCCAGUAUUUUGAAAAUCAGAAAUUCAUUACUAUAACUGCUGUGUUCUUAGCCCACAAAAUGAAAUGUCAAAUCCCAUUACAGGGUUUCUGUACUGGCCACUUAGAUGAGACAUAUGGGGCUCACUUCUAAAAAAGAAACUUCUGUCCAUCUUCUCUUGUUAAAAGUUACUCAGAUGAUGAUUAUAGAAAAGAAAUAUCUAUUAUCUACCUGGGAUAGCAUAAUAGUACUAUACAUUCCAGUUACUUAACCUAGCAUAUUUCAAGUAUAUCUGUUUUUUCUCCAAAGCCUUUUCUCUAGAAUACAUGUUGUUAGGGCCUCUUAUUACAUCACCAGCACAAGUGGUCCCCUAGUGUGGAUUUUUAAAGUUAAACCUCAGGUAAAAUCUAGAGGUUCCUUCAUGUCUACCAAUAUAGCUUGAAGUCUGAUUGAAUAUGUAAAUACUCUAAUCAGAUAGAUUGAUUCUGUAUCUCAAAUGCCUAUAAAAAGCAUCCAGAAAUGGAAAUGGAACCCUAAUUGCAAAAUCUAGGCUUUCCAAAUACUUUCACAAAUAUUUGCCAGAAGAUAGCAUAAAAUUCAUAUAACCAAAUCAGAAUCCCUUGAAUUUAUGGUCCAUAUUCAUGUACCAAGUAAUAUAUUAGCAAUUGACUUUCACCUGUAAACUUCAGAGUAAAACCUGAAAUCAUGAAUGCAAAGAAUUAUCUGGAAUAGUACUUCCCCAAAUGGGGAGGAAAAAACUUCCAUAAUCAAAUACAUUGGGAAAAAGUUUUUAAAUAAAAUAAAACAGAAAUAUUUACCGAGGAAAUUUUCAGAGCCUUUAAUACACCAGAAGUGAUGUAUGUCUUCAAGAAAGACUAAAACAUGGGUUGCCAAGUCAAGAACUUCCAGAAUCCAGACAUGUAAGGUGGUUACUUGACAAAUGGACAGUACAUCCCUGCCUAAUGAGAAACUGCAAGAAAUUGUGUGAGGACAUAUUCGCUGCCUUGUCACUUCUUCAGUUUUUUUCAAUAGAACCAGAAAUCUGGAUUUUUAUAUAAAAUCUCCUAACAUUCUUAAAUAAGAUUAACUAAUAUGAGAUGUUUGUCAUUAAAAAUUCUACAAGCACUAUUAUUGCCCCCAAAUUCCCUGAUCAUGUGGCUUUUUCUAGGAGAUGAAUGUUUCCUGGAAUACCCUUUUAAAAAAAAGCAUUAGUCCUAAAUGAAAAUCCAAUGGGAAGAAAAAAGAAUAUUCUCUUUUCUAUGGACUCAUGCAUACAAACCCUUCUCACAAUUUACAAUAUGUGGGGCUCACAGUUUCUCCUGUUCUGUAACCAGAGCCUGUAAGUCAAUGAAAGAGUCUAGAGGCCCAGGUCUGUCAGUUCAUUUCCUAGUGAUCACUUCGUGCAAUAACCUCCCUUGGAAAGACCUAGAAGAAGAGAGAAUGGGGGAAAAGACCACAUCAGAAUCAGGCAACCAUCCAAUAAAACAGUGCAAAUAUUUGUAAAUGUCAUCAAAUUCAAUUUGGAUUCAUCAAGGUCCUUAUACAAAUGUGUGAACCAUCAAGUUGUACUUAAAUUGGACCCACCCCAGUUAGGGGGAUUCAGUAGCUAUCCCGUGCCUACAUCUAUUGUUUAAAAACUUUUAUCAUGUAUUGCUGGUAAUAAAGAGCUUGGUGUGGUAUGACUAAUAAUGAUUUUUGAGCUUGUGCCUCAGGUGUGAUAUAAAUAAUGUUCUAACAUAAUUAGAGCAAAUGGAAAGGGCUUUAUCCAGAACCCAUCUCUGGGUAAAAAGGAAAAUAUGGCUCAUUUCAUAAGACAGAUUUUUUAGUUAGGUAAAGCUUAUUUCUUGACUUUUUUGUAUGUGUGAUUAGAUUUAUCUCUUAAUGGAUUUGGCAAGCACACUGAGAAGUUUUACUACUGGGCUUUUUUCCGUUAUCGAAUGAUGAAGAAUGUUUUUACCAACACACAAUUCAACAUCAUUUUCUGAUCAAAUCCAGUGUAACUUUCGCAAAGCAAUGGUUUUAUAUAGGGCAGUGUAUUAUGCUACCUUGACAUUGUCACUGAUGUAAGUUAUGAAGGGUAUAAAAAUUGUUUAUAUGAGGAGAUCCACACAUUCCUCACCUCCAUAGGAUACGCACUCCAUCCUGGAAGCUUAAAUGGCAUAUCAUAAUAUGAGUUUUUCUUUUAAUUAAGCUUGACACUUCCAUUUCAAAAUCUAUUAAGGUUUACCUGAAAAAGAAGUGAACUAUUUUCCUUUUCAUGAGCUGUCUGCUUUCCAAAUAAAAGAUUUAGUGUCUAGUAAAUUCUAGGGCUCAAGCCACCUCCAUCUAGUGGAUAAAUAUAAGAAAACAAGAUAUAAGACGUACUAAGAAAAGUGAGGGCUCAGGACUAGUGACAGCAGUGGUAGAAUCAGAUGGCCUAGUGCCCACGGGCAUCAUGCAAAGUGAUAAAGCAGAAUCAUGUUCACACUUCAAAGUAAAUUAAAUGGAAAACCAUUAAUUGCAUGUGCACGUACACACACACACACAUAUCUCCUGUUAAAGAUUUAAAAUGUUUAGGUUGAAUAGGCGGGGGUUUUUUCCUUGUAAAGCUCUUAGGGACGUAUCAGGAGAUGUGGUGGCAUGCUCUCACAUCAUUGGUCUGCGAGUGGCUCUCAUUUAUUUAUUUAUUCAUUAUUUAGUUUGCUUCACUUUUUCCCAGGUGUUAAGCUCUCAUUUAUUUGUUUUGGCAGCUAGAUGCAUUAUUUAAAAAAAUAAUAAUUAUCAAACAUGAAAGCCAGGACCCCAGCCAUAAGUGACUGUGUUUAUAGACCAGGCAGUGUAUAUGCAGCCCUAAUUCCCACCUGUUCAGAGAGUAGACUCACAUGCACGUGCCGAGGAAAAUCUGGGACCAGACUUGCCUUAAGAUAGUGGCUGUCGGGAGCCUGAGUGGCUCAGUCUGUUAAACGUCUGCUUUCAGCUCACGUCUGCCUUCAGCUGAGGUCAUGAUUCCAGGAUCCUAGGAUCGAGUCCCAUAUCGGGCCCCCAGUGGGUAACCUGCUUCUCCCUCUCCCUCCUCCCCUCCCCCCCUGCUCCCCCAUUCUUAUGUGCUCUCUCUCAAAUACAUAAAUAAAAUCUUAAAAAAAAAAAAAAAGACAGUGGUUGUCAACCAUUUAGCCACGGUACAUGGAUCUGUGGCCAUACAUCAUGGAGUGGGCUGGAAGUGACUCCUUACUAUUAAUCAAGUCUGCAAAUACAUCUUAAAAGGAAUUAUAAUUGGCUUAAGGGUAGUUCUCAAACAAGGCCCAAGAGACUUACGUGCCUAUAGGCACUAGCCAGGUAACACUAGUUAGUUAACCAGGGUCACAUGUUAAAGCCUAGGCACACAGUGAUGAGGCUGGAGACCUGACACGACAGGGUUCUAGCAGCCAGCAUUUGGUCCCAGACUUAGGGAGCCAGGGUGGCCCAGUUCUUCUGUUUUAUUUGUUGUUGUUGUUGUUAUUCUUGUUGUUGUUUUGGGAAAAUCCAGAAACUUAGAGGCUUGUAUGAAUUCUCCAACCCAUUGAAUUUUCAUUAAAAGAAAAGGACUAAUGACUCUGUUCUGUCCAUGAAAUACCAGUUUACAAGUCUGGCCUAAAAUUACAUUAUUCUCAUGGAUUUGCAUCCUUGUGCCCAUCCU